AUGGCAACUCAAUUUCCCACCAAGCGUUGUGGUGUACUUGGAUGUACCGGCUCUGUUGGCCAAAGAUUCAUUCUCCUCCUUGCCCAACAUCCAUAUUUUAAACUGCACGCCGUAGGAGCCUCUUCGCGUUCCGCAGGCAAGAAAUACAAAGAUGCUGUCAAAUGGAAACAAGCCUUCCCUAUGACCGCCGAGAUUGGUGAUCUAGUGGUCAAGGAAUGCAAAGCAAGCGAAUUCGCGGAUUGUGAUAUUGUAUUCAGUGGAUUAGAUGCUGAUGUUGCGGGUGAUAUUGAGAUGGAAUUUAUGAAGGCUGAACUAGCCGUUUUCUCCAAUGCCAAAAACUACCGCCGCGAUCCAAUUGUCCCUCUCAUUGUCCCCACAGUCAACCUUCCACAUUUCGACCUCAUCCCUCAUCAACGCCGUGCCCACUCCUUAAAGAAAGGUUUCCUCGUCUGCAAUUCCAACUGUGCCGUCAUCGGUAUAGUAAUCCCCUUCGCCGCCAUCCAAAAAGCUUUCGGAGAAGUCGACCAGGUGAGCGUAGUCACCAUGCAAGCUGUCAGCGGUGCCGGCUAUCCAGGAGUAAGCAGCAUGGAUAUUCUUGACAAUGUUGUUCCAUUCAUUUCUGGUGAGGAAGAUAAAUUAGAAACGGAAGCGCAAAAGAUUCUUGGAAAGGUCAAUUCGGAAAUCACUGGGUUUGAGGAUCAGUCCGACUUGAAAAUUUCGGCAGCCUGCAACAGAGUCGCGGUUCUAGAUGGCCACAUGGCCUGUGUGUCUCUCCGCUUCAAGAACCGUGAUGGACCUAAACCUACCGCUGAAGAGGUCAAGAAGGCUAUGAGAGAAUAUGUUAGUGAAGCUCAGACAUUAGGAUGUCCGUCGGCGCCAGAGCCGGCCAUUGCGGUUAUGGACGAGCCGGAUAGGCCACAGCCAAGAUUAGAUCGCAAUACACAAAACGGGUACACAGUUAGCGUUGGAAGAAUUAGACAAGAUGAUAGUGGGAUCUUUGAUCUCAAAUUCGUGGCUUUAAGUCAUAACACGGUUAUUGGAGCAGCUGGGUCUUCGAUAUUGAACGCUGAGGCGGCGGUCCUCAAGGGUUAUAUCUAA